GUUUCCUUCCUCCUGCACCGUAGACUCUACGACGGAGUACACUGUACUCUACAGAGUAAGCUAGCACCAAGUGCAUGACCAACUCAACUAGUUCACCAUAAUCCUGUUGUGCCACAGAGUUCCGGGUUCCGGCUACUUAUUUUCACGCGUAUUUGUGUGACGUGAGAGGGGCAAUGUCAUGCGUGAGUUUCAGUCGUCUUGCUAGACGCAUACCGUUAGCGAACGCCGUGCGCUAUGGUUUGACGUCGUGCAGUAGUUGUGUUACCCAAGCCAGCAAUGUCGACCAUCACGGUCAUGAAAGUGAAACUGACAGUAACCAAUCGCCUCUUUACGAUGGCCACAUUCCCACAACAUUUUUUCAGAAAACAAUCCUGUCUGUUGGAUCUGCACUUGCAGCUAUCACGGAUCCAUUCCGAGAUGACAUGGUAGCCGUUAUGGGUGAAGUUACUGGGGUAUCAGCUUUUAAACACCUCUUCGAAGUAAUGUCAAGGGAUCCUGAAGGAAUGGAAAUUUUGAGAGACCGACCCAGAAUUAACACAAGAACAGUUGACCUCUCCUACUUGAAGCAGCUUCCAACGGACACUUUCGGUUAUGCAUACUACCAGUUCCUUCUGAAUAAUAAUGUGACGCCAGAUACGAGGCUUCCAGUGCAGUUCGUAGACGAUGCCGACCUGGCAUACGUUGCGCAAAGGUAUCGAGAAGUUCAUGAUCUGGUUCACACGCUUUUGGAGAUGCCCACUAAUAUGCUCGGCGAGGUCACGGUGAAAUGGGUCGAAGCCAUUCAUACCAAAAUGCCAAUGUGUGCGACAGGAGCGCUCUUCGGAGCACUUCGACUAAAACCCAAACAGCGAAAAGCUUACACAACGAGGCACCUUCCUUGGGCACUGCAGGUGGGCUACAGCGGGAAAAAUCUCAUGUGCGUUUAUUAUGAAAAGCACUGGGAACAACCCAUGAGAGAGCUCCAGCACCAAUUGAACAUCAAACCACUCCCAGAACAGUAGUGAUAACGUCACUACUUGUGAAAUGCUCAGAUUAGUAGUAACGUUAUGUUGUACGCCAUGAAAAAGCAGUAAGUGUUAUAAUAUCUUUGGAAAUUCUUAUUGGCCAUGAUGUUUUUAACCUUGUCUAUGUUUUUUGCUUGCCAUAAACAUACGACUUCAGAUGUUUACUUAGAUACUUUGAAAACAAUAUUCCGAUUGCAUUCCUGUUAUUUCUCUGCACAUUAAUCACAAAAGCACUGGAAAGAUGUGUUCUGACAACAUUAUUUUGGGGUGUCCUGAAUAACACGCAUCAAGAGAUCCAAAGAAGGAGUGAAACUCAGCAUAGCGGAGUGCAACUCGAAGUAGACAAAAUCUCGUUUAAUUAUGGCUUUCCUACUUUAACUGUUGCCUGUCCACACGAUCCGCAAGGGGCACAACAUGUCGGCCCACGAGAGCUCCAUCGCGAUUGGAUAGUGCAAAUUUAAAUUUUGGAUGCGCAGAAGCAGACGACGGCGACAGCUCUCAUAAAAAUGCAUCGAAUGAUGAUAACUAAUUUAGUUUUAGCAAGAGCACGUCUAUGUUGGUACCUGCGCUGCUUGUAUAAAGAUCCUAGGGUAAGGUGAAGUACAAGGUAUUAUAUUAACUGAGGAAGCAAUAAAUGGCCCAAUAAGCAGCGCCACCACUAACUUCCGUAUCUAAGUAGUACUGGGAACAAGUGCAAAUGACAUUGUCGCUAGUAAUAUCCCCCAAGGGAUCUUUGGAGGUAUAUUGAAAUAAAAAAAUAAAAAUAAUCCAGUAGGUUG